UGAUCAGUACAGACCUACUUUCUGAACUCAUUAGAUCUUCUACCUUUUGGAUAGGAUAUGACAUUUUGAACAGAGAGUGCUUGGAUUGUAAUAAACCACAAACAAACUGUGGACUAGCUCUUUACAGAAUGAGAAACAUCAUUCACUUGACCUUUGGCUUCUUUUCAUGUGAAUCCAGCAAGAUGACAUCUGAAGCUGAGAUGGCGGUUGAGGAGGGCUACAUAUCCCCCCCGCCCAUCCUCCCCUCCACCCGGUGUUCCAUCCACUUGGGAGUCCAGGCGGGGAGUAUGAGGAGGGGGAGCGACGUCCUCUCGACCAGCAGGGGCACGGUGAGGGAGAGGGGCCGUAACCGUAGCUGGCUACUCUCUAGCAUCAUCACGGUCAACGUCCUGUUCCUAGGUAUUGCUCUGGUCAGUGGCAGUGUCUUCAACAACGUCAAGAUCAACACCAUCAACCUGCAGAUCUUCCUCAUCGUCCUCCUCAUCCUCACCACUGCCUGGAUGCUGUACUACACCAUCUACACAUCCAGGGAAGAUCACGCCGUGCUCUACAAGGAUAGUCAUGCCGGGCCUGUGUGGCUCAGGGGUGGACUGGUGCUGUUUGGCGUAUGCAGUCUGAUUAUGGACGUGUUUAAGAUUGCUAACUACGUAGGCUACCUGCACUGUGACUCUGCUGUGAAGAUAGUGUUCCCUGUCCUACAAGCUGUGUUCAUACUUGUCCAGACACACUUCCUCUGGCUCCACGCUAAAGACUGUGUACAGCUACAACGGAACAUAACUCGCUGUGGGCUGAUGUUGACUCUGUCUACCAAUCUGAUGUUGUGGAUGGCAGCAGUCACAGAGGAGUCCCUACACCAGACUGUUGUUCCACCAGAGGACGGCAACAGCACACAUUCCUAUGACAUCAGAGCCUCUGGCGGAUACAGCAGCUGUAACUGCAGCCACUCUGCCUGUGCCGUCUUAGAGAAGGCCUAUUACUACCUGUACCCCUUCAACAUCGAGUACAGCCUGUUUGCCUCGGCCAUGACCUACGUCAUGUGGAAGAACGUGGGCCGCCUGGUAGACGAGCACAACCACCACUCGCUCCAUUUCCGCUUGAAGGACGUGCUGGUGGGGCCUGCGGUCGGGCUGGUCAUGCUGGGGGCGGGCCUGGGAACCUUCGUAAUCUACGAGGUGGACGUGGAGAAUGGGGACCCGGGGAAACGUGACACGGCGCUGAUGAUACACUACGUGAUGAACACGGUGGCUGUGACGCUCAUGUCCGUCUCGACCGUGGCUGGUUGCGCCAUCUACCGGCUGGACCAGAGGGACCACGUGUCGGGGAAGAACCCCACACGGAGCCUGGAUGUAGGCUUGCUGAUCGGCGCCUCAAUCGGACAGUUCACCAUCUGUUAUUUCACCAUCGUGGCUGUGGUGGCAACGGGGGCCGAGGGCCACCUCAACGCUCUCAACCUGGCUGUCUCCCUGCUCACUGUGAUCCAGCUCUGCCUGCAGAACAUCUUCAUCAUCGAGGGCCUGCAUCGCGAGCCCUUCCACGAAGACAUGCACCAGGCCUCUGUAUUCACAAACCCAUACGUCCUUCAAGCCCAAGCCCAUAGAGACAUACACAACCUCCCAGGGACAUUCAUGGAGACCAAGACGUCCCCGGCCCUCACAGUUCACAGUAUGCAUGUUGCUCCUUCUGCUCCUUCUGGUUCCCCCCUGCCUCAACGCCAUAGGCUGACAUGGAAGAGGAGGGCCCUGAAGGAGAUCUGUGCAUUUCUGCUGCUCUGCAACAUCCUUCUCUGGAUCAUGCCGGCGUUUGGCGCCCGCCCUCAGUUUGACAACACGAUUGGAGCAGAGUUUUACGAGUUCACCAUGUGGGUGGCUGUUGUGAAUAUCGGACUUCCUUUCGGAAUCUUUUACCGUAUGCACUCAGUCGCCAGCCUCUUUGAGGUCUUCCUAACCUCAUAAGCUGGAAAAUUACAGAAACCAUUCUGAACUAUUUUUUGUAUAAUAUUAUUUAUUAAAUAUAAUUAAAAAAUAUAUUUUAUUCCCACAACAAAUACAAACGUAUACAUAUGAACAACCAUUUACAGACGCACACAAACAACAACUACAUCUCAUCUGCUCAGACCUGCAUGCUCACAUGCCCAUCC